AUGCAGGCCCAACAGACAGAUGAGCAACCGGUGAGCCGUCCGGCGCAAAUUGAUUUGCGCCAGUGGCAGGCACAAGGGCUACAUUCGGCACAUGUGAAUGUGAUAUACCAGGUGAAAGACGAACUUCCACUGAACCAGACGCGAAAAUCACUUGAAGUGCCUGCCUACCAUUUCCCACCAACGCCGCGACACGACGUGCCUGCCGUGCCUGCCCUGCACACGCCGAACUGGGGCGCCGCAGCAGCCUUCUAUAGCUGCCAGCUCCGAGUCACGACCGCUGAGCUGAAAAUGAGUCCGCUUCGGCCCAUGAUGUCGCGCCCCAACGAUGCCACUGAGCCCUUUAUCGCCGAGAGUGAAGUCUCGGGUGCGGAUGCGAACGAGCGGCAGCAGCAGCGUCGACAGAGGCGGCAGAUCCAACAGGAACGACGCAGAGCGUUUCGCGACCGACACUUCCAGGAGGCCAACAUCCAUGGCCUGCGCUGCCGUGAGUUCGAAGCCGACCUUCGCCUGGGCGAGCGCUUGAUGGGCGGCGAGCCCAUCCGCGUGAAGUUGACCAAGACCAUCUCCUUCUGUCGCAGGUGGGGCUGA